ACGGGAGAGUUCUAUUCGACGAGCGUUCGAGCAACGGGACAAACGACUCUCCGUUUACUUAGUCUCUUUUGAGUCUCUCUUAUUUGGCGCAUACUUCACUACACUCGGAUUUCGACUCUCCGUUCGCGAUCGCUUUGGUUCGUGUCGCGAAAUGAUAUCAAUUUGAUUGAUUCAAGUGCGUUUCUCGAGAAACAUUCGGAAGACUUUGUGGAAGAUUUGAUACUUGUGUGAUUUCUUGUGAUAAUCGACAACGUAUUUAUUUCGAAAAAAAAUUCGAUUAACGAGAACCGUUACAGAUUUCUCAUCAUGAGGGCGUUUGUAUUCGUGCUCAUUGUGACGAUCGCGACGGUUGUCGUUUCGGAACCGGACGACCUGACGAAAUCGCGAUUGAGGAUCUUCAAGUGUUGUCGAUAUGGCGAAGAACUAAUUAAUGAUGACGCGAACAGCAACGCGUUGCCGCGUUGCGUGCCGACGAAGAAUAAGUGGAAAACUUUCAUUUUCUCGGUUGAUGAUGGAGUUAUCCUUGAUGAACCUCCCGCUAAUUGGUACAUUAUCGAUGAUCAACGACCGAAAUGUGACAACCGCUCGGAAUUAGUUUACGUACCGAACCGGCAUACGAAUCCGUUCGUCAUGUUCAUAAACGGCAAAGUGGUGCUCGAGUACAGUCAAGCCACUAAAGGUCCCUACAUUCCUCCCAGUCACUAUUGUUCCGAUACGAACGCCCUGCUUGUGUGCAUGCCGAAAAAAUCGGCAGGCAAUCAUGCCGCAGCAACUAUGAGGCCACGAGUGCGACGUUGUUGUGGCGAGAACGCUAGUUUCCACGAAGGCGGAAAUACCUGCGUAAACCUGGAAGAAACUGCGGAUGCACCGCCCUUACUUCCGAACGCGUCGUCCGCCAUCGAAAUCGUGUUCGGAUUUCCUAACUGCCCAAAAUCCGACAAUUUCACGAUCGUCGGAAAUGCAAUGGACUCUGAGAUGCAUCCCGACGGCAGCUUAGAGAUAAAUGGGGCCGUUUUACCUAGCGGUCAGUUCUGCGUUGAAAGGAUUAAGGAACUCAAUCAGAUCGCCAAGGUGUUCGCCUGUCCUGAGCAUGCACCACAAAGACCUGCGGUGAAAGCGACAGAUAUCAGAUUCACCCUGUAUCCCGUGGGUUUCAUCAUUAGCGCUCUCUUCCUGGCUGCUACUUUAGCGGCCGGUUGUUUAUUACCAGCCUCUCAUCACGUUCUGCAUUGGCGUUGCCAGACUCAUCAUGUCGCCUGUCUGAUGAUGGGCGAUAUUCUCAUGGCCAUCAUUCAGCUUGCUGGGGAUUCUCUUCAUGGUGCAAGCUGCAAGGCGUUCGCGAUCAUGGCACACUUUUUCUUCCUGGCUGCUUUCUUCUGGCUGAAUACGAUGUGCUUCAACAUCUGGUGGACGUUCAGGGAUUUGCGACCAGUGAGUUUGGAAAAAGGUCAAGAGACCCUUAGGCUCAGGGUCUAUGCCUGCUACGCCUGGGGUGGGCCCUUCCUUGUCGCCGGUUUAGCUGCGCUUCUGGAUCAUCUACCACCUCAACCACAGUACACAUUUCUGAGGCCUCGCUUCGGCGAGAAGCAGUGUUGGUUCUACGGUGACAUGGAAAUCCUGGCAUAUUUCUUUGGACCGAUCGGAGUGCUUCUAGCUGUAAAUCUUAUGUUUUUCGCUGUAACUGCUCGCGAAUUGACGUGCGGUCUCUGGAAAGGCGAAUUCGUGAAAAGCACCACCGAGAGAGCGACGUUAGGCCGCAUAUGCAUGAAGCUGGUGAUCGUGAUGGGUAUUACCUGGGUGGCCGACGUGGUUUCAUGGGCCGUCGGCGGACCACAAUACAUCUGGUACUUCACCGAUCUAAUAAACGCCUUCCAGGGAGUACUGAUUUUUGCAGCGGUCGGCUGCCAGCCGCAAGUUCGAGCUGCACUAAAGAGAUUCGGCAGCAGGAACCCACAAACUAAUGCCGGGAGACAGGGUAAUGGUCACAGCACAACCAGCCAUGGGAUGCCUAGCAUGGGCGACAGCGUAACGCAAAAUCCGAGCACUAAAACUGCACCGUUGGAAACCAUCUGCUAGAAUGAUUUCCAAUCAUUCUCCCUCCGAGUCGAUCUUUCGACAUUUAAAAAUCUCUCAUCAGUGAUCGUUGGCAAAAAUCGUCGAAUACACUUGGCAUUGCGCUUGGUCGGCUGAUGAGCGCGAUGUGAGCAAUCCGAUUUGAAUCCCGUGAUUGAACUUACUGAGAGAUCGUCUCGCGGCUGCAAUUCGCUGUUCGGAGAAGUUUUCAUCGCGGAAAACUUAUACGGAGAGGUUACACGGAGAACGAAAUGGUCGUAAUGGGGUUCCAUGAAUGAUCUCCGUUCACCAGGAAAUCAGCGAUUGCACUUUGCGCCGAUAACUUGUCCGCAGUUGUAAACGGUACUGCGUCUCUUCCGCUGUACUUCUUCUCCGUAAGCAAGUUGAUAAGCUCGGUGAUACAAACCGAAGCGUCUUCAUGUAAUAACUAAUCGAUUAUAGGAUUGAUUGGACAAGAAGUUUUCUAGUGUUGACCUGCUAAAAGGUCGAGAAACUUUUGCUGAAAAUGUUUUCUUAUUGACAUUUCCCAGAUAAUACGCGAGUACAAGAGAGGCCCGGGAAAUGUCUGAAGAAUUCCCUGAAAGUGUUUAAGACGCCUUCCAGACGUAUUUUAGGUAUGUUUUGUACUUUCUCGCUGUUUGAGUUCUCGCGAAACGCGAUAGCGUAAUUUCGCGCGGAUGGAAUACGGAGAGAAUUAUUUACGCUUUGUCCUAUCUGGUCGUAAAAUGGCGCACGAAAAUGCGGAUUUCUACUCGUAGAAAGAAAGAGAGAAAGUGAAUGUACAUUAAAGAAAUGACACAGCGUAUAAAUGCGUGUACAAGGUAAAUCACGUAAGACUUGAUUUUCCUGUCGCGAGCUAUUCGACGAUGUAGUCGUUAAUUCGCACCGUCUCGCAACAUCUGUCGAGCGAAAUACAAUCAGAAAAUCAGCAGCGCGAUUAUAUGUACGAUUAUCUGAAAUCUCGGCGGUAACUUCCGGACCGUCUCGAGCGGGUGCUGAUCGCCAACAAUCCAUAUCGGAUCGCACGAAGCAGGCGGCAAACACACUUCGUUCUAAUCAUUGGAUCUGAAAACUGAAUACACUUGCGCCGACGAAGAUAGAUCGUGAAAUUUCGCUGACGAAAGAACGGGAACGCUAAUUGUCCAUUCCUGUUUUUGGUUCUGCCGGACUUACCGCCACGCGAUCCAUCUUCUCUGACAUAAGCAAUUACUCCACCGUACGCAAUUAACAGAAACUCUUUGCUACGACAUCUCGUCGAUCUCAUUUUAGAGCAUUUUCGUGUACAUGUUUCUCUUUUUUUAUUCCUUUACAUAUGGCAUAUGUAAUAUCGAGAACUCACAAAAUCGCACGAGAACGAUAUGAUACUUUGGAUUUAUUCCGAAUCACGCUGGAGAUUUUCAAAUCGUGAUAUUUUAGCUCGAGCUUGACGCUUUCGCACUCGAGGCACUCUAGACGACGAGACAUUGUACAGAUGUCUGUAUAUAUUCAACGUAUCUAUCACAAGCACGAGAAGAAGUGCAGAACAUUCGAGGCGACGGGUGUUAAUCCGAGCAACACAAAUGUUUAAAAGGCACUCGUCUAUUUCGAUCUUUUCUGAUGUCUUUUAAUUGCGAGUUCUUCAGACAAUUACCGUCAUGUUUUACGUACCGAAUAUUCAUUACUAAAUAUAACGGGCGUGUGUUCGGUACAAACACCUCAUCGCCGCCUAAAUACGAUCCGAAGGCUAUUUAAAAAUUUUUUUUAAUUUCUAUCUGUCUAAAAGGGGUGUUCAGAAUUUACCCUCGCUCGGCGCCCGGGAACGCUAUGAACAUUUCUUUAUGCAGCUUCGAGAACCUAUUCGGAUGCGCAUCGUUCAUAAAUCAGAAUUCGUAAUGGCUCUACGCCGCUAAAACAGACAAUGACGCGUACUCUUCGGACCUCGGUAGCGAGCAGAAACAAUGCAUGAUUUAUGAUCGAGGCGAAUUAAUAUUCUUUUUUUUUUUCCAGCGG